AGAAUAGACGUAGCACGUGCGUCAGCCGUGAAUAACGUGGCCCGCGGCUCGCCCGAACCCGCCGCGGGCAGUUUCGUCCCCGAAACCGCGCAACUUCACAACUAAUCCUAACUUACCGAACCGCGUUGUGAUACCCUGUGACAACUUUUACCCUAGUGUCUUCUAUUUACGCACGUUUCUACUUACGAUAUUUAUAAACUCGAGUUAUAAGUAAAUAUUUAUACAUGUUUCGCUAUCGUAGUGGCCUUGUUCGUUAUCUUGCACCGGUGAAAGCUCUACCUGUAAUAGUCGGUGUAACUUUUAGAUUAUAUUUUUCAAUUUUAUCGUCGGUCCUUGUGGGUUGUAGUGUGAAGUAAUCAUGUGCCUUAUUGGAUAGUUUUGUUUGUUGUGCGUCGAGUGAUAGUUUUACGUCGCGUGAGUCAUCGCCUGAAAGAUGGAACGUAAAUAUCUGUUAAUUAUCACUCUAGUAUUGUUACUAGAGCCGAUUCCUGCUUGGAGAUCAGAUACUGUAAAAGAAUGGGCUCGAACGCUGGGCGACGAAAUGUGGCGACUAAGUGAAUCUCUCACGAAAUCGGAUCAAAUCAGGAUUAAAUAUAAACAAAUGAACGCAAGUGUCAAGAAAAAAGAUGGAAAACAAAUAUUGGAAUCGUCUUUGAGAUCCGUGAGCACGAUGUUGAUGAGGAAAAUUAAUGCUGUUAAGUGCAUUCAUGCGACUGCAGAGCGCUUAGCUUCCGAGUUUAAUUUCACGGAAGAGAAGAACGACUCCUAUAGUUUCUGUUCCUCAAAAUAUUCCGACUUUAUGUACGAAGACGGGUCUGAACUAGUUCGACAAGACGAAGGCCCUGAAUUCGCUAAGAAUAAAUCACAUUUCAUGAACAUAACUCUGGAAAAGGAUUCGCAUUUCUAUGAUAUUAGUGUGAAUACUAAUAUGAGCUGUAUUCACGUUCCUACCAAUAUAUAUUAUAAAGAAAAGGAUGCCCUAAACGCGAUUCUCUGGUCUAGGGCUCUCAACGAAAUAUUUAUUAAGAACUACAAUUCCGAUCCAUCAUUAGUUUGGCAAUACUUUGGCAGUUCUCAUGGCAUACUCCGUUUCUACCCGGGAAUGCCUUGGAAUAUGAAAGAAGUGGAUACAUACGAUUGCCGUGUAAAAUCGUGGUAUAUAGAAGCCGCUACAUGUUCCAAAGAUGUUAUAAUUUUGUUCGACGUAUCUGGCUCAAUGACUGGCUUCAAGAAUUACGUAGCAAGAAGAACAUUAGAGUCACUUUUGGCUACGUUAUCAAACAACGAUUAUGUCAACGUAUAUACAUUUAAAGCUAAUACUUCAGAAGUAGUGUCAUGCUUCGUGGGUUUGGUACAAGCUACGCCGGAAAAUUUAUCAACAAUAAGCGACACGCUAGAGCCCACGGACAAUGGUAAAAAACACAAAGUGCCCUUGGAGGGAAACGCGAACCUCACUGAAGCUUAUAAAAAGGCUUUUACGACAUUAAAAGAGAGGCGGCAACACUGCAACGUUAGCAAUUCCCAAGGCUGCAAUCAGCUGGUAAUGUUGAUUACCGACUAUGUCCCCGGCAACCUGACCGAGGUGUUCGAAGAGUACAACAGGGAGGUAGUGGGAGGGAAGACCUAUAUCCCCGUACGAGUGUUUACUUACCUCAUCGGGAAGGAGGUCACCAAUGUACGGGAAAUCCAGUGGAUGGCCUGUUUGAAUCGAGGAUUCUUCGUGCACAUCCACUCAGUAGAAGAGGUACAGCAGCAAGUGCUAAAGUACAUCAACGUGAUAGCGCGGCCGAUGAUCCUCGCGGGGGACGAGCCGCCGCCCACCUGGACACACGCCAAUAUUGACUAUACGAGGACUGUCAAAUGGGACGUGAGUCGGGAUGUAUCAACGCCCGAUGAGGACAAAUUGGUGACGUCAGUGGCGAUUCCAGCCUUCGAUUACAAUUAUAACGAAAACCACAAUGAUGCGAGAUUGCUCGGAGUGGCCGGAACCGACGUGCCCAUCGACAGCAUUGCUAAGUUGGCUCAACCGCAUCAGCUCGGCGUGAAUGGAUACUCGUUCAUCGUGAGCAAUAAUGGAUACCUCCUCUUACAUCCACUUUUGAUAACCACGAUAAAUGGUGAACUACAAGAGAACUAUAAUAGCGUAGAUUUCGUAGAAGUGGAACAAGUAGACGAUGGUAAAGGUCCUCGGGAACUUGGAGAUCAAAUCAAGGAACUAAGAGUUAAUCUAGUCGACGGUACUGAUGGGAACAUGACUAAUGUGAAAGUUCUAUUCCAUUAUGAUAAUAUGAGGCGUAUAGCGCGCGUGAAACACGAUUAUUUCUUCAAUAAAUUGGAAGGGACGCCAUUUUCCAUGGGUAUAUCGCUACCAAUGGGCUACGGAGACACAGAACUGAUGUUGAAGGAUAAUCCGCUAGAAGCGAAACAGGGACAAGAGCUUACGGGAGUUAAUGUUACGAGUUACUUCAAUUUUACGUAUCGUGUUCAUCCAGAUUGGGUCUACUGCAAAUAUCAUUAUUUGGAAGGACAUGAGUCGGAGAACGCUGAGGUAGAAAUAUUCAAAUUUCUUGUUAAUCUUUCAAAGAAUAAAAUUGACAUCACGAAGAAACAAUAUGGAGAAGAAUCACAGGAUAUUCCAUUCAGCGUUGAAACGCAUUGUGGUACAACACCGCUCGGAAAAGACGACUACUAUUGCAACGAAGAUCUAGUAAAGCAACUAGUAUUCGACGCUAAACUCUCAACUCCAUACUUCAGAGAUUGGCGCGCGACUGACGAAGAGCGGGAAUUGGCGCGCAAAUAUAGCGUCAGUGUGAGAUUCAUAGCGACAUCUAGCGGAUUGACUAGAUGGCAUUAUAUCUUUGACGAUGAGAAAAAUGAAAAGGUUAAUGAACAGGGAAUUAGGGAAAAGGAUUAUGAUGGGAAAGUAUUCGGAGACCAAUACCACAACACAAUAGAAGAAACCUGGUACAAAGCGGCCGUACUCCAACACAUGAUAAGCAAAGAAUCACUAGUCAUUGCUACACCAUUGCCCAUUCUCGAUACAACUAUAUCUUCUAGACCUUCUAUAAGGAACGAGGAAGACGAUAUAACAAUAACCGCUAGUUACGCCAUUUUCUAUAAAGAUGGCAAUUCUGAAACUCCCGCUGGCGUUGUUGGAUUUCAGUUUUUGUAUUCGAACUUUUAUGAAAUAUUCCAGAAUAUCACGAAUAAGGAUGGCGAUGAACUAGCCUGCGACAAAGAUGGCAAUUACGAUUGCUACCUCAUAGACAGUUCCGGCUACAUUGUAGUUCUGGUCGAAGAGACAGAUUCCAAACAUAAUGUCGGAGAUUUCUUCGGUCUAGUCAACCCUUAUGUGUUACAGUCGUUUAUUGACAAGAAUAUAUUUGAGUAUGUCGAAGUUUUUAAUUAUCAAGCGCUGUGUCCAUUGUCGGUUUUGAGUGUGCAGAAUAGCGCGUGGUCUUUUGAUUCGGUAUUUGGUGUAAUGUCGAAUUUAAUGAAAUGGUUGUUCACUGAAGCCUUCCUUAUAAUUUUUGACUUCGCAAAUUGGAAAGAUAGUGUGUAUGCAGCUACUAUCGAACCAUUCGUCAGCGACGAAGAAACAACCACCGCGUAUCCAGAGCUAAAAGAAAACAAAACAAUCCCAACACCAGAAGACAACCACUUCUUCUCUUGCGACCACAGCAUCAAAUUAUACAUCUUAAACCAAUCCUAUUUCCUUAACUCCAUGAUACUUUCCCCAGUAGUAAAUGAAGAAGAAGCAACUGAUUGUAGUCCUCCAUAUUGGGCAACUUUAGUACCAAAGACGAAUUUGUUACUAGUUGUAGUAGAAAAAGGUCCCUUUAGGUUUGGCAGUAAUUGUACGAUACCACCGAAUACAAUUCCCAUAGCAACUAGAGAUUCCACUACGAGUAGGGAACCUUGUCACAAGCUGGAUUUGGGAAGAUUGCCGAGACGGAGACUGGAAGGAUGCUAUACGUAUCAUGAUAAGGAAAGAAACAUAACAGCGUGCGGAAUGGGCAGCCUCGCAAAAGCAAACACCAUCCUCUUAUUAGCUAUUGCAGUCAUGUCCAUAAUACGCUCAAACAUUAUCACGUGAUAUUUAACAUCGACAAAUCGGUACUAAAUAUAUUUUGUACCUUUCUUAUUUUCACAAUAAAAUACAUUUAUAGCAA